AUGGAAGAAAACGCCAUCGACAUUCCCAGCCCACCCACUCUGCCAGCCGAUACGCAUCCAGGGCUACAUCCGCACAUGCCGCCAUGCGCAUCGAUUACUUCUCGCGGGGAAAGCGGAUGCAGUCGCACCAACAGCAGCGGCAGAGGCAGCGGGAACCCAUUGCGCAGCAAUAGUCCCCCUCCUCCUUCUAUUCUUUCUCAUCCUCCGAAGAGAACUACAUCCCGCAAGAUACUUCAUUCGUGGAAUCCCGGACCAAAGGGCAUGACAACUGGGGACGACAGUGUAGACCGCGAUUUACUACCGCCAAGUUUCGGCGGUUAUCUCGAGUGGACUCCCUUAUCCACUAUCACGGACAUCAGUUCGAUACAGAGCCUCGACCAGGCACAAAGCAGGCAUUCGACGAUGACAAUGACGCCUGCGAAUGUAAACACCGCGCCGCCCUUGAAUUCCUUUGGCGAGACCCAGCAUAGCUCCAACAAUAUACACAAUUACGUGGCAGACCACCAACCGCAACAGCAGGAAGAGCGAUGGCUGCACGAACAAAAGCAACGACAACAAAAACACACAAACCAUCAUCGCUAUCAAAAUCAGCACAGGGAGAAACCACCACCACCACCAGAGGAACCACAAAAACAACAACAACAACAACGCGGACGCAGCAGAGACAAGGACAAGGAGAAGCACCACAAAAAGGCCUCACACGGCCUCAUGACCUUCUUUCGCGCCACGCUGCGCGUCCGCAGCCGCAGCCGCGACAAGAGCCGCGAAAGCAAGCGCAGCCGCAGCACCAAAUGCAGCCGUAGCACCAAAAGCAGCCGCAGCAUCAAACGUAGCGGUGCAAUCGACGAUGCCGGCAACGAUGCCGCCGACGGCGACGAAGACGACGACGACGACGACGACAACAAUGCCCCCUACAACGCCAGCAACAAACACAAAAACAAAAAGAACAUCAACGAGCCCCCCAACAUCACCACCACCAACGACUUCUUCGACCCCUUCGCCAGCUUCGACGGCGAAUACCUGAACCACCACCACACCAACCCCACCACCGCGUCCGUCUCCCUCACCUCCAUCACCCCCAUCUCCGGCGUCCGCAGCUUCCGCGCCAUCUCGCCCAUGUCGUGGGAGGAGUCGCGCCGCGGCGGCGACGACGACGCCCACGACGCCGCCAACGAAGCCACCGGCACCGGCAACAUCUUCUCCUUCAACGUCGCCGACUGGCCCAAGGACCGCUCCCCCUCCUCCUCGCCGCCGCGGGAGGAGUCGGGGCGCGCGUUCGUCGCCACGCCCGUGCCUUAUGGCCGCCGCGGCCGCCGCGCCGUCCAGCGAGAAGGAGAGGGGGACAACGAGGAAGAGGAUGAUGAGGACGGCGACGACGGCGACGACGGCGGGAGGGAGCGCGCCGUGCGGUUCGCUGCCGCCGCCGCCGCCGACGCCGAGCGCGAUGGCGGCGCGGGCGACGCGUAUGAUGAGCACUGCUCCUUACGUUCCUUGUCCUCUUCUUCAUCGUCGUCGUCGUCGUCGUCGUCCAGCUCGUCGUCGUCGUCGCCUUCGUCGUUGUCGUUGCUGUCGUCCUCGUCGUCGUUCAACCGCCUCGCCCGCGCCGCCGUCAUGCAUGCGGAACGCAGCGGCGAUGAUGGCGAAGGUGCGGGGCGCCGGCUGCGGAGGACGCGGCACGGGCGCACGGUUUGUCGGAGCGGUUUGGGUGGAGGGGGAGCGUCGGCGUCGGCGUCGGCGUCGGCGUCGGCGGAUGAUGGCGAUGGUGGGGAUGCGAAUGCGCUCAUGGCCGCCGCCGGACCUGAUGAUGGCGAUGAAGAUGAACUGCCGCUGCUGCAAUUGCAGCAGCAACAGCGGAAUGAAGGUCAGGGCGCUUCUCGCGGGCGGCGGAGCCGGCGGGGGAAGGGGGAAGAUGGUGGAAAGGGAGUAGAAGGAGAUGGUUACGAUGAUGACGAUUACGAAGAGAUGGAUGCGGAGGAUGAAGCACUCGUGCUCGCACUGAUGCAGUUGCGGGAACUUAUUGUGCGGAAGCGGAGGAAGCGCAAGGAGAAAAGAGUGGCGCGGAAGCAGAAGCACGAGCAGCAGCAAGUUGAGGAGGGGGAUGGGCGGCAGCAGCAGCAGCAGCAGCAGCAUCAGUCUCAACUUCAGCCUCAGCAGGAGCCCUACCGGCAGUCGCACCUGAAGACUUAUGAGGAGUGGAUUGGAGACCGGCAGAAACCAGAACGAGAGGGAGGUGAAGACGUGCAGGAGGUGCAGGACGACAACGACAAUGACAACGGACCCGGUGAGUGGACCGGCACGGGCAUCGAGGAAGCCAUGAUGACUCCAUCCCUGGCUGCGAGCGAGCAGAUGAGCAGAGAGAUCACAGCCAAUCGAGGGGAGAAAGCCACGCCAUUAGGGAGGGCGCGGCGUGCAACCGCCACUUCGAGGCCAUCUUCGGUGGAGGGGUGGUCAAACAGCUUUGCUUCGUUCAUCCCGAGAAGCAAGAGGGCUGAUAGUGCAAGACUUCCCCUGCUAGUUCCCGCUACGCGUUUUGAUGAUGGUGGUGCUGUUGCUGCCUCUCCAUUCCCAGUCGGUGACGAUGAUGGAGAGGAGAGGAGAUGGUACCGUGAAGGCUAUGAAGAGGGGUGCAGCCAAAGACUAAUGACGUCCUUGUCCAUGCAUUUCUGCAGGAAUCAUCAAAAAAGACUGUAUGGUGGCGGCGCUGGCAUGGUUUCGCCUCCUUUGAUGGAGCAAGGGCCGGCGGCGAUGAAGGGCCCCAAGGAUGGAUAUAACAUCUGGCUAAAUGAACAAGUGGCGAAGCAGAAGAGAGAUGAUGCAGGAAGAAAGGUCAAGGAAACAUGGCGGAGGCAUAACAAACACAGGGAACAUCGUCAUCAGCAGCAACAGCCGGAAACUUCUUCCCAGACAAGCAAGGAUGUAGCAGAAAUUCCGCCCCUGACGAGAAUUCAUGCAUCUACAGACCUACAUAGGCCACUCGACAUGCCAGCCCCGCCGCAAAUGCCGCCAUGUCGUAGGUCGAAUUCGGUCAAGGAAGUGUUCAUCAAGAGAUCGACGAGACGCCCGGGUUCAAGGGCAGAUAUGGCAGAGCGUGCGUCUGUUCGGAUGCCAUCUGAACGACGAAGAUCUCUUGACUGCUUGAAGAAGGCCUUUGAAACUUCAAAGCAUGGGAGCCGCCACCGCCAACAAGGGGAGAGAGCUCCAGAACAGAACAUCAGACCCUCGUCCCGUACGCCCACCCGAUGCAUAAUAUCGGCUGAAAAGGAACAAAGCACGAAAAACCUAUCGCAUGAGAUGGGACGAGACAUGGACAGAAGGUCACGCCUCCCCCUGCCAGUAACACGGCCCCAAAAAACGACCAUCAGCGCUAGCAAGCCUCGAGAGGGCAGGAUGUCCAACGAUUCCAAGGGGCUGGAGUUGCUUUCCAGCCCCCCUGGAACACGUAGGCGAAGGCCUUCUCCGCAGCCACAUUCACAAAGAAGUAAAACGCGUGAAACAUAUUCGACAGACCGUCAUGUAAAGGCAACUCGCCAAACCACCGAUUCACCGCUUAAGAAACAAGCAACCGUUUACCAUCCGGCCCCUUCACCAGCUGUCCCAUACACCAACAGGGACGAGGGCAAAUAUAGUCAGCAGGGACCAAUCACAAGCCACGGAGAUGGAAGGAAAUCCCAUCUCGGGUCCAUCCAUGGGAAGAUAAAUGAUACUAGCAGUGUCAAGAAGACAGUGGACAAGGAUACUGGCGUUGAGAGGGCAAGUCCUAAGUCCGAACGCCGCAACAACACCACGGUCUCCCAGGAGGUCACUGAGGUUUCCAACAGCAACACCAAUGACGACAAAAGCCACCGAUUCAUCGCCCGGACCUCCGAAACGAAAGAAGCGACAGUGAAAGAAACGGAAAACAAAAGGGACGGCUGCCCCGAUGACCAUGGGAAGGACAAACAACCCCGCACAUCAAAUUGUCAUCCGGAUGGCGAGGGCUGGCCGCCUCUCAACAUUCUGACCAUGGCCGACCACCAGCUUCACAAACAGCUCUCGCACGCCUCUUCCACAGCCAGCGGCACGACACCAAGCGACGUCGUACACUCCGGUAGCUCGGUCGUCGACACAAACCAAGGCUCCUCUGGCAACACCAUUCCUACGCUUGCUACGGCGUCGUCUGGUGCGAGGAGAGUGAGCUCGGAUUCUUCCUCUGCGCAUCAGCACCACCACCAGGAGAAACAGCAACAGUAA